AUUCCGCGUAUUUCAGCGCGGUGCAUGUUGGUCUUUGGGCCUGGAUUGUAUCGUGUGUUGAGCUUAAUUUUGUGUUUGGCUGGAAACAUUCUUGCUCCUGACAAUUUCUGUACACCGUGAAGUGAUGACUGCCUUGUGCAGGAACGUUAAUCGAUUAACGAACUUGAUGGAACAGGUUUUGGUUCCACUAUCAUGGGCUGGAUUUGUACGAUUGAAGUUUACCAAGGCUCGCAUUCCAGCAAAGAUGUUUGAAGUUUCACCAUCAGACCAUGCAAGAUAUAAUGGUAAUCCAGACUGUCCUCACCAACUACACAUCAUUACUAGAAUAAAAUGUACAAAACGACGUCCAUAUUGGGAAAAGAAGAUUGUCCAUGACCUUGGGUUAGACAAGUCACAUCAGCCACGGAUCCAUAAGAAUGUUCCAUCGAUUAAUAAUAAACUAAAAGUCAUCAAGCAUCUUAUAAGAGUGCAACCCCUGAAAUUGCCACAGGGACUUCCAACUGAACAAGAACUAGCAGACAGUUACCUGAAGAGCACUGGGGAAUUAAUUAUAAGACGCCACCUGCAACCAUUGGAAUAAAACACCACUAGAUCUUAAGCUGCUGUUUAUGUCUCACUUGUCUGUGAAAUAAAUAUUCAAAAUAAUUUCCAAAAA